AGCAACACCAAACUCUUUAGAGAGAGAGAGAGAGAGAGAGAGAGAGAGAGAGAGAGAGAGAGAUGGCUCUUCUUCAAGCAUCAGGUCCCAUGGCUGCAUUGCUUCUUGUAUUGAGUACCAUGUUCCUCUUCCCUGAGCUCGGACAUGCCGAUCAUGCAGGCAUUACCAGGCACUACAAGUUCGACAUUCGGCUGCAAAAUGUGACGCGCCUGUGCCACUCGAAGAGUAUCGUGACCGUCAAUGGCCAGUUUCCAGGGCCGAAGAUCGUAGCAAGAGAAGGUGAUAGGGUCGUUGUUAAGGUGGUUAACCAUGUUCAGAACAAUAUCACCCUGCAUUGGCAUGGAGUUCGACAACUCAGGAGUGGAUGGGCAGAUGGACCUGCAUACGUGACCCAGUGCCCCAUUCAAACUGGCCAAACCUACGUCUACAACUUCACCAUUAUUGGCCAAAGGGGUACCCUCUUUUGGCAUGCACACAUCUCGUGGAUGAGAUCGACCAUCUACGGUCCCAUCGUGAUCCUCCCCAAGCGCGGCGUCCCUUACCCAUUCAUCAAACCAUACAAGGAAGUCCCAAUCAUCUUCGGCGAGUGGUUUAAUGCAGACACUGAGGCCAUCAUUACACAGGCUCUACAGACUGGGGCUGGCCCAAACGUCUCGGAUGCAUACACUAUCAAUGGCCUCCCUGGUCCCUUGUACAACUGCUCUGCAAGAGAUACAUUCAAGCUGAGUGUGGAGCCUGGGAAGACUUAUCUCCUCCGUCUGAUUAACGCUGCACUCAAUGAUGAGCUCUUCUUCAGCAUCGCCAACCACACCCUCACCAUCGUCGACGUCGAUGCCAUUUACGUUAAGCCCUUUGAUACCGACAUACUCCUCAUCACACCAGGCCAAACCACAAACGUCCUCCUAAAGACCAAACCACAUUACCCAAAUGCCACAUUCUUCAUGUCGGCCCGACCCUAUGCGACAGGCAAUGGCACAUUUGACAACUCCACAACCGUCGGAUUACUUGAAUACCAAAGACCCAAUUCAUCAAACACUGUUGGCAUGAACAAACUCCCACUCUUCAGGCCAUCCCUUCCACCUCUGAAUGACACUUCCUUCGCCACUAACUACACCAAUAGACUGCGUAGCCUCGCCAAUGCACAAUUCCCCGCCAAUGUCCCUCAGACGGUUGAUAGGCGGUUCUUCUUCACGGUCGGCCUUGGGACCCAUCCAUGCCCCAAGAACCAAACAUGCCAAGGGCCCAACGGCAACAAGUUCGCCGCAUCUGUCAACAACGUCUCGUUUGUCCUGCCGACCACAGCCCUCCUACAGGCCCACUUCUUCGGGCAAUCCAAUGGCAUCUACAAUGCUAACUUCCCAAAUAACCCUCUAAUCCCAUUUAAUUACACGGGUACCCCUCCGAACAACACGAUGGUCAGAAAUGGCACUAAGGUGGUGGUGCUUCCAUUCAAUGCGAGCAUUGAGCUAGUGAUGCAGGACACUAGCAUUCUCGGAGCGGAGAGUCACCCUCUCCAUCUCCAUGGUUUCAAUUUCUUCGUUGUCGGGCAAGGCUUCGGAAACUACAACCCCAACAAGGAUCCCUCUAACUUCAAUCUCGUCGACCCCGUCGAGAGGAAUACCGUCGGAGUUCCGUCAGGUGGUUGGGUCGCCAUCCGCUUCCAAGCAGACAAUCCAGGUGUAUGGUUCAUGCACUGCCACCUGGAAGUCCACACCAGCUGGGGCCUGAAGAUGGCGUGGGUCGUCUUGGACGGGAAGCUACCCAAUCAGAAGCUACCACCUCCACCUUCCGAUCUUCCCAAGUGUUGACCUUGGACGUCUGCCGUGGCGGGCUUCAUUUCGUUUUGGAGUGUGGCGCAUUUUCUUCGAUUUCAUAUUUAUUUUCAUUCUGAUUUCAUUU